AUGGCUAAAAAGCGACGGAAUGUCACCGGUCCGCUGACACAGCGGACACCUACCGCUACGACUGUCAACCAUGAAGCAAUUAAAAAUACUUUACAGAAAGUGGGGACCUAUUUCGACCAGUUAAGCGAUGAGAUCAUGGAAAUCCCGACAACUUUGGAGCGCACUAUCCUCCUGCAUAGUCUCGUGGCGCUCGCAGUACAGAACGCUCUUAUCAUUGUCCAGACUGUGUCACUUGUACAGGUCGUCUCUGCUGUUGGAAUUGCCGUCUGGAUGAUGAGGAAGAGCUUUGUGCGGCUAUUUCUACCACGCGUUGCUCUCAUAGCUGGCAGCGAUCUCGAAAUUUCAUUCAGAGGAGCAAUAGUUUGCUUGACUGUGGUUGGACUGGCAUUUGUGUUUUGUCUUGUAGAGGUUCCUCUGAACGCCUUCCAAGUGUUGGCUUUCGCGGUUGCCUUUCUACUGGAUGCUGUAAUGAUAUACCUAAUGAAGGCGACGCAAGGACGAUUUACGCGUCAACAGAUUUUCUUGUCUGCUGUUGAAGCCACAUAUUUGGUCACUGGCCUUCCAAUCUGUGUUAACUUUAGGAAAGAAUGGGUCUAUGAUAGUAUGGCCUUUGCUCUGACGGCAACGACAGCAUUUGUGCACGUGGGAGUGCUGCUUACGGCGAAACAUGUUAUACUUAAUUGCUUUGGUUUGAGCACAAGCGAUGAUUUUACAAGGACAAAGGAACGUGGUGUUGCUAUCAUGGAGCAGUUGUGGCUAGAUGUUGAAAGCUGUGACUCUGAGCAGAUGCUUGUGGGUAACUCAAAGAAGAAAAAAAACAGAAGCAAGCUCCAAGCCAGAUUUUUAAAAACUGACGCCACCGAUCACAAUACUUCCGAACUGCAGAAUAAACACUCGAAUAUUAACGAUCCACAUGUGCGGCUUGCAAUGUUGACAUUGGUGCAAAUUGUGCUGCUACUUUUGCAAUUUCUGCUCUCUGCUUUUGUCCUCUACUCAUGGGAAAUGAUUAGUGCACUAAUGCUGAGUAGCUCCCACGUGCUAUGGAUUCUCGGCCGAGUUCGACGCAAUUUGCUUUCACCCCGCACUGUUGGAUCUGAAUCCUAUAAGCUUAAGAAAGAGUAG